UUUGCCUUGGCUUUGCCCUGGCCCUUUUCUCUCUGUUCAAUGUUCCAUUAAACUUCAAACAACAAGUUUCCUCCCGGAGGCAGAGGGUGAUAUGGAAAUUAGAAUAGUCUGCCAGCGUUGCAGGCAAAAGUUUUCAGCAUCAACCAAUACUGAAACAGUUAUUUGCCUGCAUUGCCAUGCGGUAAAUCAAAAUCGAACAAUAAGGAAACAAUCAUCUUCCCAAGAGCAUGGCAGGAUAAGUCCUCCAUUGAUAGGUAACUCUAUGAGGGAAAAGCUGAAGAAAAUUCUGCACUGUAGCACCCUGAAACCUGCUGCUUCACGGUCAUCAUCGACAAAUUACUCUACCCUUUGUGCUUUGGACAACUCUGGCGUUUCGGCGAAGAAACGAGCGGUGCUUUGCGGUGUUAGCUACAAGAAGUGGAAGUAUAAGCUCAAGGGGACCAUAAACGAUGUGUUAAACAUGAAAGAUUUGUUGAUUCAAAAGUAUGAAUUUCGAGAGGAAAAUAUUCUGGUGCUUACAGAGAAACAGUCAGACGCCCGACUUAUCCCAACAAAGGCAAACAUCGAGAAUUGCUUGAACUGGUUGGUGAAGGGGUGCCGGUCUGGAGAUUCACUGGUGUUCUUUUACUCCGGACAUGGCUUACGGCAGCCCAAUUUUAAUAAUGAUGAAAGAGAUGGGUUUGACGAAACCAUCUGUCCGGUUGAUUUUCUGAAAGAAGGCAUGAUCCUCGAUGAUGACAUUUACGCCACCAUUGUUAAGCCGCUGCCAGAGGGUGUCACCCUUCAUGCCAUUAUUGAUGCUUGCCAUAGUGGAACUGUUCUUGAUCUAGAGCACGUCUAUGAUAGAGAAAAGGGAAAGUGGAUUGAUAACAGUCCUCCAUCAGGUGUGAGGAAACAAACAAGUGGUGGCAAAGCAUAUUCUAUCAGUGCUUGCCAAGAUAACCAGGUUGCUACUGACACAUCGGCUUUUAGUUCCAAGUCAAUGUAUGGUGCAAUGACGUUUAUUUUAAUAGAAGUUGUGAGAGGAAGGCCGAGUAUAACAUACGGGGAAUUACUUGACCGGAUGCAAGAGCGAAUUGAACAAGCAAACCAACAAGGGUGCUUCGGUGGUUCAAGAAUAUUAAGCAGAAUUUUUGGCCCCAAUCUCACACAGAAGCCUCUACUUUCAGCUUCUGAAGAGUUUCCAGUUUACGAGAGGACAUUUGAACUAUAA